AAAACUUAGCCGAGGUGGAGAGAAAAGUUUCGGGAACAGCAGGAGGGAGGGGACCCAGAAGUGAAACUGUAGUAAUCCGAUCCCGAGCAUGAGCGACGCCGAGGUGCAGAACGCUCCACCUUCGGCCCCGGUGGAAGACACACCGCAGCCCGAGAGGAAAGUCAUAGCCACCGCAGUCCAAGGCACAGUGAAGUGGUUUAAUGUGCGUAACGGAUAUGGCUUCAUUAACAGGAAUGACACCAAAGAAGAUGUAUUUGUUCAUCAGACUGCUAUCAAGAAGAACAAUCCUAGGAAAUUUCUUCGCAGUGUCGGGGAUGGGGAGGUUGUAGAGUUUGAUGUGCUUGAAGCAGCCAAGGGCUCAGAGGCAGCAAACGUGACUGGGCCAGGUGGUGUUCCGGUAAGAGGCAGUCGCUACGCACCCAACAAACGGCGUUUCCGUCGACGGUUCUUCCCCCGUAGUCCUCGGCCCGGCGACCGGAGCAAGCCAGGUGAUGGCCAAGCCCCUACAUCUGAAGCAGACGGAUCAGGGGAGAAUGACGAAGGGAGGCCCCAACAGCGCCGCCGUAGGCCUCGCAGGCCCCGACAGGAUGGACAAGAUGAUGAAGUUGGAGAGCAGAAGGAUGGAGUUGCUGACGGUGACCAGACGCAGCGGCCGCCACGACGCAGAUUCUGGCGCCCGUACCGCAGGCCGUUCCGCCCUCGACCACCUACUGAUCAGCCUGCAGAUGGCCAACAGGCCGCUGCUCCAGAGGAGAGCCAGGAGCAGAAUGAGGUGAAGCAGGUGGAAGCCUCUGAGGGCCCCCAUACCAAUGUAGAAGUAGCCGAAGGAGAAGGCCAAAAACAGCAGCAGCAGCAGCAACGCCGCCAGCCUAGACGACGCAGGCAAAGAAACUCGGAGUCAUCUGCCUCAAAGAAUGAUACAGAAAAGUCUGCAUCAGACCCUGGAACACCGCCUCAGACCUCAAAACCAGCUGAUAUUAAAACCACAUCGAAAUCGCCAAAAGCCUCCCAAAAAAGUUCUCCCAAACCAUCAAAAUCACCUGAGCAUGCCGCAGACACAACAGUCCCAGCAACAACAGAGUGACAUCUGUGAGAGGACAGUCACAUGACCCUUGGCAAGAGGUCCUAGGGUUGGAGGACUGGACCUAUUUCAGAACACAUGCACUGCCCUCCCCUCCCUGCACUCCCCCAUCCUCCAACCCACCUCGCCUCUCUGUCGUUCCUCAGGCCCAUCCCCCCCCCUCAUUUUGUCUUGUGCUGUCCUGUCUGGACAUUUGGAGAGGGACUGGGUGGGGAAGAAAGGAGGUAUAGGUGGUGCGGUGGGUGCGUGUUUCGAAAUUGAAAGUACAUCUUUUUAAAAAAAAAAAAAAAAAAAAGGGAAAAAAUGGACAAUCUGCUUGGUAGCCCAGUUAUUCCAACCACCCUUUAAAAACAAAUUUUCUUUACUUGACCAGAUGGAGCUCAUCAAGUCGUUUAGAGAGGAACCAGCCUAGUUUUUCAUUUAGCUUUUUAAUUUGGUUGAAGAGGGGAACCCCAAGCAGGUGUGCAGUUGGUGGUGCAUUCUGGGAGUCAGUUUAGUUCUGUUACCACCUCAGUCAAUUCUUGAAACAUGCUACUCCCUUCAUCUCCUCAGUUAAGAUGGACUGAUGAAAAGAAACUUUAUUUCCUUUGUUUUACUUGUUUGUGUGGGCUUUUCUUUGGAGGGGAUUAUGUGCAAUGUCAGUACUUAAAAUGGUAAUUAAUAAAUGUUUGCAAAUCUCA